AUGUCUAUUAGCAUGGUUGCUGCACAGGCAGCGUACACUGAAAUGGGACCAUGUGCUGUUGAAAUUGAUGUUUGUUUGAUGAUAGCUAUCAGAAAUUCUAUUAUCAACUUUAACAUCUUCGAAAUCGCUACAAGUCAUAUCCUUAAACCGUUCCCCGAGGUUUUCUGCGAGGUGUGCCCCUACUUCUUAAAACUGUCUCCUGAAAAAAAGGUUGACUGCAAGGACAUACAAAAUGAAUGCAAGAAAGGCAAUAUAAAAGAAUUCUGCGCGCAACUCGAAUAUUACAGCGAGUCUACCAAGAAAAGUUAUAGAGAAAAGAUGAAGAACCUCACAUGGAAAGAAGCUUGCAAAAAGUUCUGCUAGGAGGCCAGUUCGAAGGUAACUGCUUUACCUUCCCUAAAUAAAUGUUGAGC